AUUAUUCUUUUAUUUAUAAGCGUUAUGAAGUCAGUAACUAAUUUUCGUGCAUUAAUAUAUUAUGUUGAAUAACAUUUGUAUGUAUUUAAAUUUCGGAAACAAUAAUAAGAAAUUACAUACAUACCUACAUACUUAUAUAUGUAGGUUGUACAUAGUAUAUAUAUGUCCCGAGAUUUGAAACGGUAACCUAAAAGUAAAUAUAUAUAUCUGUCAAAUACAGUGUUUCAUAUUGUACAGAAAAAAGUCAGUAUUCGUGAAAUAAAUUUAUAAAAUAUAAAAAUGAAUGCUCCAGUAAGUACAGCAAUGGACAGCUUAUCAGCUGCAAUUAAAUCAAACAUAAUUCCGAACCAAGAAUAUUUACUACAAAGUUCGGUAUUAGACAGUGCUGUUGAAGUGCUACUUCACAGGUUACGUGGUUUAUGUGACAAUGUUGACACUGGACCAGAAACAUUCAAUGACCAUGAAAUGUGCUUCAGUAUUAGAGGAUCGGAACAACCAUUACUUUUACGUGUUAGACGGGCAUUAGAUUAUCAAGAUAUGCCAUGGCAAUUACGUUAUAUUGGUCAACCAGAAUUGGGUGACAAGUCACGACCUACAAUUGUUAGGAGUAGCUUAGAUAUAGCAACAAGUAAUACAGUCGUUGACUUUUUGACAGAACUUGGAUGUAGAUUAGAUUUUGAAUAUAUUGCUCGUGGUUAUAUGUUCCGUAAAGGUAGAAUGAAGGUCACAGUUUCCAAAAUAUUUAAAAUGGCUCAACAAGGGAAAAUGCCUGAAAGUAUGGAAGCUAUAUCUCAAAGCUAUUUAGUAGAACUAAGUGUUUUAGCGCCAAGUGGUCAAGAUGCAAUAGCAGAAGAUAUGAGAAUUUUUGCAGAACAGUUAAAACCUUUGGUUCAACUUGAGAAAAUUGAUUAUAAGAGACUUGUUCAUUAAUGAAGUAAUUUUCAAGAAAUCCAUAUUGUACUUUAACACAGUCGUUACCAGUGUCUGAAACUUGUGAUGACUACUAUUAUGUAUUUUACAUAAAGAAAACCAAAUUAAUUUUACCUGUAUUACUAUUUAAAUUUAUAAUUCUUUGUGUAACAGUCAAGUGUGAAUGAGAUUUUUUUAUAACAUCUGUUUGAUCUUCAUAGAGGAUACAUUACAUUUGAUAAAAUAUUGUAACUGAAGUCAUUUUAUUAAAAUAAAUAGCGGUUAUGAAUGUGUGAAACUAUACUUAUGAAUUGUAAAUUUUUUAUAAUGUUGUAAAUAAUAAAAUACUUUUGUGAUGUA